UGGUAUGUUAACUAUUCAGAUUUAGUAGAUGGUCUUGACAGGACAGUAAAGAAGCGGCCUGAACGGUGUCUACACUAAUCCACUUUUACUGCAUUGUUAAAAGUUGCGAGUGGUUUUACAUAAAAUAAUGGAAACACAUCGCGCCGUGACGUCACCUUGUAAUAUACCGUAGAAUAGUGGGGAUAGCACAAUUUCACAUCACUCUUCCUUACGUAUGAACGGUGAAAAUAAGCUGUGUUGUGUUUGUUCCGAAAAAAAAAUGAGUGACAACUAUCCUGAGUAUUUAAAUCCUUUCUCCGAGGAUCUAAAACAAAAACCAAAGUUGACAAUUCGACAUUCGUUUAAGGAAUUGAAGAGAAGCCUGAGGCAGUCCUUUCGAAUAAAGAAGAAAGAUGAGGGAGAGGUGACGUUACGUCAAAAAACUGAAACUCUUCAGCGGCUUCCUGUAUCGUAUCCUGCUCCUAGUCAACGCAUAACCGAAGCACUUCCACGCUCUAGAUUCCAUGAAAGAGUGUCAAGAAGUGAUUAUCGCACAAACACAGGUUCCAAUCCGUUCGAAGAAGAGGAAACUGAUGAAACAAGAUCCAUGAUAAUCAGACGGCGAAUGAAGAAAAGGGCACCACUCCCACCUCCUAAUAAGUCGAUGUCUAGUCAACAUAUAAACGACGACAAAUUAGAAGUUUCAGCUGGUGGUUCCCAUUGGAGUUUAACUUCAGUAGAGACUGAUUAUUCGGGUUCGUUGUAUAACACAAUCACAAGGGAAGAAAACGAACCAGAAGCGAAGAGAGAAUCCAUGGUCGAAAAAUUUGUGGACUUCAAUAAAAAUAUGGGCACGCUUAAAGACGAUACCAACAAUAAUGUAAUUACCAAAGAGAAUCAAGAAAUUGAGUCAAAUAGCAAUAUUCCAGAUUUAGUAGUGUCUUGUCCUAGUGAAAGUGAUAGUACUAAGUUAGCGAACAAUAGUAGUGAUGCGAAAAACGAAGCAGACGAUGAAGAUAAAAAAUCUCUGGUUUCUGAAGACGAUAGCGCAGAGCUGGUUAUUAAAGACAUUACAGAUAAUAUGAUAGUUGUUGAAAAUACAAACAACACGCAUGAAGAAAAUGUAAUGAACGAUGAAGUACAGACAGACGAAGAUGAGGAGCCGUAUUUAUAUCAUGAAAAGAAAUCACUUUACAUAGCUGGGUCCAGAGAUGAACUAAAUGAUUCCGACACAUACACUGGACGCGUGUCUUUAUAUAUAACAGGAUCUACCGACGACCUUGAUGCUAGUAAUAAUAAUGAAGUGUGUAAUAAAAACGGAAUUGAUGGAAAUAGUAACGAUGAUGUGGUUCCGAUUCCCAAGCAAAGGAAAAAUAAAUUAACUAAAAAUAUGCUUCUAGGAGUGUAAAACUUAUUGGUUAUAUUUUUUAACUAUGAUCAAAUAAAACAGACUCUUGUUUUAA